UGAAGACAGCCAGGCAAGCUGCAUCUCUGCCAGGCUGCUUUCCUUCCUCCUUGUUUUUUCUCAGCCAGAGUAGCUCAUCAAGCCUGCUCCAGGGGCCUCCGAGCCCAUCUCGAAACGCCCAGGAGAGCGGGGUGUAACGUUGGUGGCCAGGCACCUGGCCCUCCCUUGGCCCUGCUGGCACAGUCUCAGGACAGGACAUGUCAAGCUGCAACACCCCUGGGGGCCCCACUGCCCUGGACUUUCCGGAAGUCCUGAAGUCCCUCCUGGAGUAUUCCUUGCCCUGGACCAACAAGAUGACAGAUAAAGAGAAGGAGAAAAUAAAGCUUGAAGAAGAUGAGGCAGCAGCUGCCAGCACUAUGGCAGGCUCAGCUUCCCUCAUGCCACCCAUUUGGGACAAAACUAUUCCUUAUGAUGGCGAGUCUUUCCACCUGGAGUACAUGGAUCUGGAUGAGUUCCUUCUGGAGAAUGGAAUUCCCUCCAGCCCUACUCACCUGGAUUUGAACCAGAAUCCACUCUUGCCUGUGGCUGAGCUGGAAGGGAAGGAAUCUGCCGGUGCUUCCACUGGUUCUCCUGCAUCAUCCUCUUCCACUGCAGUUUACCAGCAAUCUGAAGCAGCCUCCAGCACAGAGUCUCCACCACAAAAUGAGAGAAAUACACCCAGCCCCAUUGACCCUGACUGCGUAGAAGUUGAGGUGAAUUUUAACCCUGACCCUGCUGACUUAGUGCUGUCCAGUGUGCCUGGUGGUGAGCUCUUCAAUCCUCGCAAACACAAGUUUACUGAAGAGGACCUGAAACCACAACCUAUGAUUAAAAAAGCCAAGAAGGUUUUUGUCCCAGAUGAGCAAAAGGAUGAAAAAUACUGGACAAGGCGAAAGAAGAACAAUGUGGCAGCAAAACGUUCCCGUGACGCUCGGCGGUUAAAGGAGAAUCAGAUCACAAUUCGGGCAGCCUUUCUUGAGAAGGAAAAUACAGCCCUGAGGACGGAGGUGGCAGAGCUGCGCAAGGAAGUGGGACGAUGCAAGAACAUUGUUUCUAAAUACGAGACCAGAUACGGACCCUUGUAAGCACACCCUUUUCCUUGUUAGGGCUCUUUGUUUUAGCCUCUUAGACUUCUCUGCCUUCUGUAGAGACACCCAGAAAUAAAGUUUAUGGAGGCUUUGCCAUUUUGCAUCUACACUAGAAAAAAAACAACAAAACACAAACAAACCCUGUUUCCGUUGGCACAACUCGUUCAGGCCCUUUCCUGAUCAAUCUGUUGUCCAAAAUCUUAGUGUCCAUAUUUACAACCUUGUUUUCAACACCAGUAGAACAUUUUCUGAUGUCAUACAAUUGAACAGAUUCACCUGUCUGGAGGAAUAAAUGUGGAUCCCUCCAGAUUGGAUAGAGCUUUUGCUAUCUGUUCUAAUCUUCAUUUUUAAGUGGAGAAAGAGCCUGGGAGACUCUCCUCUUUCUCUCUCUCUCUCUCUUUUUUUUAAUUUGAUUUUCAAACUCUUGCUCUUUUCUUCUCUCCACUCCGCCUCCCCCUCCCAGCAAAAGGUAAAAUACAAUUUUAGGAUAUAAGUAGAUGUUGCUGGGCAGCAUCAUGAAAUUGUUUCCUCUCCCAUUCAGAGGCGCUAGAAAGUAUGUGUUGUAUAGAACUCUGUUCCUGUUGAAGAAGAAUAGGGGAACCUUUAGGACAGGAAGACAGGAAAAUAUUCAAUCUCUUGUAAAAACAGAAGUAUUGCGAGUUUCAUCUAUUAGUGUUAUGCAGAAUGGAGUCAGUGCAGUUUUGAUUACAACACUGUCUAAAUGUCUUGAUAGGUUCUAAUCCUGGAUAACUUGCAGAAACCAAGGAGAGAGAAGAGUAGUGAAUCACUCGCUUUACAUAUGUGGACAAAAUAAUUUGAUGUGGGUUCUAGACUGUAUUUCUACCACCACCCCUCCUUUUUUUUCCUUAGAGGGUCUUUCCUCUUGAACUGCUGAUAAAGCAGCAUGUUGCACUUAACUGAGAAGUAAGGAAGAUUUAGAAAAAGAGGUCUGGCUCAUUAGGCUGAGCCUUGAGUCCCAGCUGUUAAAAAAUGGCCAGCACCUUAUGCCUUGAAAAAGGGGGCUUUUUAAAAGAAGUAAACAAGCCACUGCUAUUUUACUGCACCUUACCUGUUGUGCAAGAGAUUGAGAAAGAGUUUUGGUCCCUUGUCUUGUGAACACACUAUGGGAUAAGAUACACCCACUGUAAACACAAACAGUUUACCUCACUGUCUCCCGUGCAGCAGCAUAUCUGGUCUCUCGAUACUUGCUGGUUCUAUCUCCAGCAUGUUUCCUGAUAGAAAAUUAGCACACAAGACUUGCCCUCUUGGAGGUAAUCCAUUCUCAGCACCAAGCACUGCUUCAACAAUAUAUGGUGUUAAAAGAAAAAAUAUGCUCUGUGUGAUGUUGAGACCUUCUACACAACCUAAAACUGCAAGAACCAGAAGCUUUAUCAGAAGUAUAUGUCCUCUUAACAAGGGAAGCUGUCUUAAGAUAGUGGCUGUGUCAGAACUCUUAGGCUAUAUUUCCUGGGAUAAUAUUUAUAUUAAGGAGUAAAUGUGGGGUGAUGAUGUUGAGGGUAGUUGCAGUUCCUCUACUGAAAUCUGAAAAUAUAUUUUAAAAGCAUUAGGGUUUAUUUUCUAUGCUGAAGACUAGAUUGUAUUUUAAACAUAAUGUGGAAAUUAUGAGUCUAGAGCAAUUUUGUGUUGACUUCUUAAGGAAGUGGAGAAGCAGGCUAAUCCACAACACUUAAUGUAUGCUUUGAACUAUACCCCCACCCCCUCUGUUAUGCUCUUAAUUUGACUAGAGUGGCUCUUGAUGUGGUGUUGGUCUAAUUUCUUUCAAACAUACUAAAAAUUGUCACCCUUUCAGCAGGGGUUUUUUCUUUCACAGGGUGGUUUGUGGUGGUGAUGGUGGGAAGUAUGUUAUAAAUAAAUUGUCACACUUAACACU